GUGAGCUAAUAAUCCAUUCCACCUUUAACCUGAUAACCAUCGUUAGUCAAUGGCUGUGAUACAGACCAGGGAAAAGUGUGUGUAUUUUCCACAAAACGCCUUUGGCUGCUCUGUGGGAUUGCGGCACUUUUACAUUUCAUCCUUUAGUACGGAGUCACCUGAGGAGACCUGUGUCAGCUGGCACUGUUUUUCAGGGUCUCUUACAAAGCAGGAGCCGGCCCUCUCCAAGAGUGAGUGGCAGAAGAAGUUGACUCCAGAGCAAUUCCAUGUCACGAGAGAAAAAGGGACGGAACCGCCUUUCAGUGGGAUGUACCUGAAUAACAAGGAAUCGGGAAUGUAUCACUGUGUGUGCUGUGACAGCCCGCUCUUCAGCUCUGAGAAAAAGUACUGCUCGGGCACUGGCUGGCCUUCGUUUUCCGAGGCUCACGGGACAUCUGGCUCUGACGAGAGUAACACAGGGAUCCUGAGACGUGUGGACACCUCGUUGGGACCAGUUCGCGUGGAGGUCGUCUGCAAGCAGAUUCUCCUGAGAAAUCAGCUGUCAGUGCAACUGACAUCUCCUCUGAAGAAUUCACCAGUGAAGCCAUCUGGAUCUGAAGUUUUCUAUGUGGGGAGGUCCUUAAUUAGGGCCCACUCUGCUUGUCUCUGUUCCUUCUCUUUUUCUUUGCAUCUCUCACAACUUACAGAAAUUGUUUGAAGUUGCUCUCAUUGUCAGAGACUAUGAUUCAGGCUCUUGGGCUCUCAUAGCAUCUCAGAUAGAAUCUCCUGGACUAAGAGGGUGGGAAAGAACCAUUCAGAAAAUAAUGACUAGGGUUCCUCAGUGGCACAGUGGUUAAGAAUCCGCCUGCCAAUGCAGGCGACAUGGGUUCGAGCCCUGGUCCAGAAAGAUCCCACAUGCCUUGGAGCAACUAAGCUCGUGUGCCACAACUACUGAGCCUGCACUCUAGAGACUGCAAGCCACAACUACUGAGCCCACGUGCUGCAACUACUGAAGCCCACUCACCUAAAGCCUGUGCUCUGCAACAAGAGAAGCCACCACAAUGAGAAGCCCAUGCACCGCAGCGAAGAGUAGCCCCCGCUCGCUCUCUGCAACUACAGAAAGCCUGUGCACAGCAGCAAAGACCCAGGGUAGCCAAUUAAGUAAAUAAAUAAAUAAAUAACAAAAAUUAAAAAAAAGAAAACUACUCAGGCAGGACCCUUCACCUCAUUCAUUGCCCACCUCCAUAGCACUUUUCCUCAAGGUGUUUUGCCUGAUUUCAGGUGUGUUUGUCACGUAGCUGUUACGUUUGCACUCUGACCAUAUUUUCAUUUAAGAAGGACCUUUCCUAAAAAAUGAAAACAGUAGUUUCUGCCCUAGUCGACCCCGCUUUCUGGAGGCCUCCGCCACUCACUCAAACCAAGUACUAACUGUGUGAGGGUUCUCACGCUGACGCACCAAGUAACGCCUGCAGGGAAAUGACAGCAACUUAAUAGAAAAUUAUUUUCAUCUGCUCUCCAGGCAUGUUUUUCUUUGGCCACAGAAGAGAACCUCAAUCAUUUUUAUUGGAUUAGCAACUUUAUAGAUUAACUUCAUAUCUAGGAACUUCAUGCCUACCCCUCACCAUCAAGUCAGCAUACACCACAUAUACACAGUGUUAAAAAAAAAAAAAAGAUAUAGUCAGAAAAGUUGAAACCAUGACUUUGAAUAACUAUAGAGAAUUAUGACUGAUGAAAUGAUCAUUGGGUUUUGUAACGGUGGGUUGGUUACACCUCUGCCUCUCUUUGUUCACAACAACAAACAAAAAACACAA